AUGGCGACAACAGAUGGGACGAAACGUCGGCCCGCUCGCCGCACCCGCAUAGUUUGCAUAUCAGAUACGCAUAACUCUACUGUUAAGCUCCCGCCAGGUGAUAUUCUCAUCCAUGCGGGCGACAUUACCAACCAAGGCAGCUACUCAGAGCUCUCAAAAGCGGUCAAAUGGCUGGAAGGACUACCAUAUGAAGCCAAGAUUAUCGUAGCCGGUAACCAUGAUAUUACGCUCGAUGCCGACUUUUAUGCUAGGCACGGUAACGAGUUCCACAACAAGAAGCCAGAAUCCCACGAAGAGUGCCUAGCGCUUCUGAAGAACUCGCCGGCGCUGACUUAUCUGCGCCAUGAGACGGUCACCGUCCGACUGUCGUCGCCCACCGGGCCGCGAACCGAGUUGUCCAUCUUCGGGUCACCGCUCGCGCCAGCUUUUCACCACUGGGCAUUCUAUUACCCACCAUACUAUCAAACGUCGCGCUCGCACGAUGAACCUUGUCCGGAAUCCGUUGGUCUAGAUGACAAGCACUUCGUCUCGCCGUGGGACGACAUUCCGGCGCGCGCCGAUGUUGUGGUGACUCACACCCCGCCGCGCGGCCAUUGCGACGACCGCGGCGGUGUCGACCGUCCAGCAGGGUGCGAGGCUCUCCGCCGCGCCCUGUGGCGUGUGAGGCCACGGCUGGCCGUCUGCGGACACAUGCACGAGGGCCGGGGUGUGUCGCGUGUGCGUUGGGAUUUGUACCGAGCAUACGGGGAGUUAGACGACGGCGACGGUGCGGCACCUCCGUGGCAGGACCCGGGCGCUGGGAUCAACAAUAAGAUCAGCCUUGUUGAUCUCACGACGAAGAAGGCGAUUCGACCGCUAGAUAAUGACGGGCUAUGGUGUGAGCGAGGCAGCGGCACUACUGCGUCGUCUGUCGGGGGCGGUGGCGGGCAGGCUCUCGACGACGCGAAAGCACCCGGCUGGCACGGGCGAAGAGAGACGUGUGUUGUCAAUGCGGCGAUCUUGAAGAGCAAGUUUCCGCACGCUGGCGGGAAGCAGUUUUAUAAGCCCAUCGUGGUGGAUCUCGAUCUUCCAGUCGUGGACGAGAGCUGA